AUGGAUGAGCAGAGCUUCAUAAAAAGGAAGAGAAUUCUUGAAGCAAUUGACACGUUACGGGAACGCAAAAAUCGACCAGAUACAAAAAGGAUAAUCAAUUAUUUAGUUCGUCAUCACAAUGUGCCUCCUAGUGAAACUAGAUCUGAUCUAGAAUGGUGUGUCUCCAACAAAUCAGUCCUGUGUGUUGAAUACAAGGGAGCUGUAAGUUACAGAAAUGCAAGAAAAAAAAAUCAUCACAAAAGUCGAAUUGGUAUGCAACGCAAAUCUAAAGUCAGCAAGAAUUUCAUGGAAUUAUUGACAAAUAUAUUUGCUGAGCUCGCAAUGGAAGAACCACAUUAUUUAGAAGUUGGGGUACCAGCUACAGAAAUAAUCCAAUUUAUAUUAGCAAAAGAUAGUGUACGAUAUAGUAAACGUAAAAUAACCAUGCUAUUGGAAGUCCAAGUCAGAAGAAGAGAUUUAAUUAAGCUUGAAAAUGGAAACUUCAUGCUGGGUCCAUGUUCUGAAAAUAAACAUAAAGAAAUUAAAAAUAAGAAGACUGCAGUAAUAAUGUCAAGCACAAGAAAAGAAAGCCAACCAGAUAGUACAUCGGAACAAAAGCCAAAACAACCAAAAACAAGUACACAAUCUAAUUUAAAAUUACCAAGUAAAGGCAGAGGCAGACCACGUAAAGUUCCAGUACAAGAGCAAGCUACAUUAGACAUUGCAGAAAAUAUGGAUUCUGAUAUGAAAGGAGGAAUCCAAAAAUUGGGCAGACGUCUCAAGAUAGCAAAAAAAGUCUACGAUCCAUCAGACACUUAUGCUCCAAAGACGGACAGCCAACCUAAGAAAAGGCAAAAUCAAAAAUUUAAUUCACCCAACACCAUCCUAAAUAAACCAAUCCAUCCAUCUAAAUCUUUAAAAAAAAGCCAUAAAAAUGAUGAAGACUGGAGACCUAGUUCCUAUUAUUCUGCAGAAUUUUCCAGAGAUGAAGCUGGAGUAUGUUCUGUGUGUCACAAUGCUAAUGAAAAAAGUGGUACAAUGGUCACUUGUAUAGAAUGUAGCAACAAAGCUCAUCAUAAGUGUCUCAAUGGUGACGACAUGAUGCUUAAAAUGUCUCCAGAUAACACUUGGCAGUGCACAAAUUGCAAAACAUGUGUUGUUUGUUUCCAAACGUCUAAUGCUGGAAAUUUAAUUGUAUGUUCAGUGUGUACUGAUGGAUACCAUGCUACUUGCCUCCAACCCAAUAUAACUGACAACAAUCAAAAAUGGUUGUGUGCAAAUUGCCAAGAUAACGAGGAAAUGAAACCAGAUGAAAUUCAAUUCCAUAUUGGAGAAGCUAUUAGUUAUAAUAUUAUCGAUGCUGACUCUGACGAACUCCCUAGGAGAGGCAAAUAUUCACAACCAAAAAAUUCAGAGUCUGGUAUCCCAAAGAAAAAUUAUUCAAAAUCUUCCAUAAAACUGGAAAAUUCAGAUGAUGAAUUUUCCGAUUCAAAGUCCCAAACACCUGAAAGUUCAUCGAAUUAUGAAACUCCAUCACAAAGUCCUGUGGCUUCCAGUUCUGGCAUACGAAGGAAAAAAUAUUUAGACUCUUCCAAGAAUGAGGAAAAUGAUGUUGAAGAAGACUCCUCUGACAGCAGUUCGCGGGAAAGUCCUGUAGCUUCAGUGUCCAGUACCCAAGAAAAAAGUGAUUCAAAUUCUCAAAAAAGGGAAAAAUAUUGCGGAAUAGAUUCAGAAAAUCUAGACUCUUCUGUACCUGAUGCCAGCCACUGGACACCAGAUGAAGUUUAUGAAUAUUUUGCAAAAAUUAUUUCAGAAGAUGAAGCCAAAAUUUUUAGGGAAGAGGGAAUUGAUGGGCGUUCCUUACUUGGCCUCAGAAGAAGUGAUGUAUUGAACAACUUAAAAUUAGAACUUGGCCCAGCACUAGAGGUUUUUCGUCACAUUACAAAGUUACAAGUAAGAAGAGAUGAUAGAAGUCUUUAUUGGCUGUGA